GUUUGAUUGUCAUAGAAUAUGAAAAUUAUUCUCGAAAUUACAAUUUGUCUUAUAUUUUUUAAUUAUGGCGUGUGUAAAAAGCAUUCUGAUGAUUAUAUGUACAAUCAAAUUCCACCCAUAAACGCCAUUGAUGAUUAUGAUGAUUGUUUAUACCAAAAUACACAGAACACAUCUGGCACAUUUUGUUUCAUUUAUGCCGAAAUAAAGCCAAAUGCUUCCUCAGAAAUCUGGAGGACAAUCGAAGAACGUUCUAGAACUGAAAGAACUCGAUUCAGAUAUGAUAAAUUACUUCGCGGUGUUUGUUUGGCGAAGUGCAUGGACUCUCCAAAAGAAGAAAGCCACGUAGAUAUAUCAACUAAUGAACCAAUUGAAGACAAGGAGCUUUUGAAUUUCUUUAGACAGAUUUAUAGAUAUCAAAUAUAUGAAAACAUCAGUUAUGAUUCUCUAAUUCACACUUGUCUUAAUAGGGAAAUGCAUAAAAACUAUAACUUGAGACUCCGAACAAAUUUACUUUAUUGUGAACACAGCAAAUCAAACACAACAAAUAGAUAUGAUUACUUGGAUAUAUUGGGAUAUACUUUGAUAUCUAGUAUUGGAAUUUUCGUUAUAUUUUCAUCCGUAUACGACCAUUUUCUGUUUAAGAAUCAAACCUCAGAAAAAUGGUUUCAUUUUUAUCGCAAACCAUUUAAAUCUAAAGCCAGUACUCUCUUGACUUCGUUCUCAAUAAUGCGAAAUUAUACCAUCUUCAUGAAACCUUUAGGAGGAAGAACUGCUGACGACUUGCAAUGUUUUAACUUUUUCCGCUUAAUCGGAGCAAUUACUGUUGUAAUUUCUCAUGUAUUCUUUAAUAUUACAUUAAUUGUUAGAAAUCCAAAAUUUGUGGAAGAGAAUAUAUUUAAUGGUUUUCAUACCGUAUUGAUGAAUACUUCAGUCAUAAUGCAGAUGUUUUUUUUUAUGAGCGCUUUUUUGAUGACUAUACGAUUUUUAAAAUCUUCGAAGGUCACAGAAAAAUCUUCUACUAAAGAUUGUAUAAGCGUCUUUAUCAAAGAAGUUGCAGAGAGAUACUUUCGUUUAAUACCAACAAUCGCAUUGUAUACUAUUUUAAAUGCCACUGUGUUUCCCAAUUUAUAUAAUGGUCCUCUCUGGCGUUAUGUCACUGAAACGGAAAGAGUCGCCUGCAGAGAAAAUAUAUGGAAAAACUUAUUGUUAAUUAACAAUUUUUCUUUAGAAAAAAUUUGCGGAGGUCAUAUAUGGUAUGCUAAAACUGAUAUGCAACUGUACAUUGUGUUUUUAAUAAUACUGAUACUAAAUGCAAGAUAUCCAAAAUUGAAGAAAGCGGUAUACUCAAUAAUUAUUAUUCUUUCAACGGUUAUACCAAUUAUUUUAAAUUAUGUGUUAAAACUGAGAGGAGUGAUGUCAUUUACACCAGAAACUUAUCGGUAUUCAUACUAUAGAGACGAAAUUACUUUUCUCAACAUAUACACUCCAUUUUAUACGAACAUCAGUGGAUUCAUUUUUGGCAUCAUAAGUGCGGAAUUGUAUGUACGAUGGCGUGACUUCCGAACAGAGGAGCAAAGAAAGCUACCUAAUCUUUUUUGGUGGGCUUUGUUUCUAUUACUUCCUAUUUCCAUUUAUUUAGGUGGAAAGUUUGUAAACAAGGAAUAUGAGUUACCAUCCGUUGCAUUGUCCUUAUAUUUGGGGCUGUUUCGAAAUGGUUGGACUGUGGUUUUUGCUAUAGUUGUUCUUGGCUUGUGCUUUAAAAUUGGUGCAUACAAAUUCUGUCGUCUGCCCAUAAUCCAACUACUUGCGAAAAUAUCUUUUCAAGUUUAUAUCUGGCAUUUUGUUGUUAUCCGCCAUAUAUUCGGCUCAGAACGAAAUUUUCUGCAUAUGACUUCCUUCAAUAUCGCUAAAAUCAUACUCUCUGCAAUUUUGUAUUCAAAUAUUAUAGGGUUUUUUGCUGUGCUCUUUGUGGAAUAUCCAUUCACCAUAAUUACUUAUGCUCUUACUCAUCCAAAUAAAAAUACUUAAAGCACUGCAUAAUCUGUAACUUCUCUAAAAUAUUUCUGUCAUAUUUAUGAAACUCUAUUGUAAGAAUUAUAUUCUCGUUUAAUGGUUGAAUUAUUCUGUUUUAGGGAUCAUUUUAACUUCGAAAUGUAAUAUGCAAGCGUAAAUUAACUUAACAUAAUCAUGUUACUAACAUAACAUACGCAUAUGAAUUUCAGAGAUUAAAGCGUGUAUUGUGCCAACAUAUUGAAAAUGUUUAAAAAUCAAAGGGCGCAGAAAAUAUGGAACUAGAAAUACCGGAAGAAUGAUUUUUAAAUUGUUUGUUUCUAGAAAUAUAUAUUGAUGCUAGGGAUUCAAUGGCCAAUGGAUAAUGUUUUUAAAAAUGUUAAUAUUAUAUUAUA